GUGUGAAGCGGGCGGGGCAUGAAGACCAGGGAGUGACAACUCGACCGUCGCCGUCUACCUUCUAACAACUUUCCGCCACACACCAGGAUACAUAUGCGCCUUUUUUACCCGGGACAUUCCAGAGGAGCCCUUCCUCUGUUGGCAGGUCGACUUCCUCACCCAGGGGUCUCGCCCUGCCUUGGAUGGCCGCCCGCCAAGUCCUCCACUUGCCUCCAGUGACUACGACGCCACAUCGGUCCUUUCCUACCGAGAACCAUGGAGUCAGCUCCCUCUUCAGAGGCGGAGCCUCCGACUGUGACCUCGGCGGUGACGUCUCCGGAACCCAUUUCUUCCAGCUGGGCGGACCGUGACACCGCCGCCGCUCCCAAGAAAAGAACCUUUGCCUCCGUCGCCCAGCGUGUGAUCAUACAGGAGAGGCUUAGAAAAGCCGAAGAGGAAGAAGAUUCUGAAGAAGAAGAUGAAGAACCCGAGGAAGACUUAUCUAAGGAGCAGAUGGAGGAGAAGGCCAAAGCGGGCGACGCCAGAGCUCAGACCCGACUGGGCCAGCACUACUUGAUUCUGGCUGAAGAGAAGGAGGCGGAGCUAAAUAACCGCCUGGCCGUCCACUGGCUGAUCAAAGCAGCAAAGCAGGGAAGGAAUGGCGCCGCCAGAGCCCUGCAGCGCUGUUGGGUCCGCAGAACAGGGAUUACCACCGAGAACCAGGAGGAUGUCCGGACGCUGUCGGCGGAGAGCAAGUUCGAGAGGGCGGUGCGUAAAGCCGCCAUGAUGAUGUACUGGAAGCUGAAUCCGGAGAAGAAGACAAAAGUGGGCGUGGGCGAGAUGCUGGAGAACGUCAGACAGGUGGACCAGCUGCAGGGGAGCCCUACAGAUCAGACCUCGGACGAGACUCAGAGAGUACUGCAGAACUUGGUCAGCGACGACACUGAUCAGUUGGUGGGCCUGGAUGACUUUGUGGAGAUGACUAAAAAUUUGGCCCAAGGUAUCGUUCCUUCGUCUGCCGGAAAACAAAACCAAGGAACUGCAAAGGAAGGAAGCACUUCUCUUGAUCGUGACAGCGAGCCUGAGCUAGUCCCCUCAGGAGAGAAAAAGCCCCACAGAGGGUCUUGGGGUUUCGGCAGAGGGAGUAUGAUGCUGGACAACAAGCAGUCGGCAGCCAUUAAAAAAGCGAUGGACAUGAAAUCACGUCUCAUGAUGCUGCAUUACCCCCUGGACAGCAUAGUGGAGGUCAAGGAGCACCUGGUUGACUGGGCGUCGCGGGCUGGCGUGCAGUGGCUGAGCACUGUCAUCCCCACGCAACACGUCAACACGCUCAUCUUCUUCUUCAUCAUCAGCAACCUCACAAUCGACUUGUUCUCCUUCGUCAUCCCACUCCUGGUCUUCUAUCUCUCCUUCGUGUCCAUGAUUAUCUGCACUCUGCGCGUCGCUCAGAGUACCAAGACGUGGCAGAAUUUUCGAGCCCUGACGUCUCUCCUGACCCGUUUUGAACCCGGCCUGGACGUGGAGCAGGCGGAAACCGACUUUGGCUGGAACAACUUGGAGCCGUACCUGUACUUCAUCUUCUCCGUCUUCUUCAUCAUUUUCUCCUUCCCCGUCGCCGACAAGCGCUGGAUCCCCUGUUCGGAGCUCUCCACGGUGGCCAUCUUCUUCACGGCGGUCAGCUACCAGAGCCUCAGCCCAAUGGCUACCACGUACGCACGGCGAGCAAUGGUGAUAGAGGUUGCAUCGUCGCUUUGUAGCCUGACGCAGUUCCUGCCGCAGAACAUGACAAGGCUCGGCUUCCUGGGACGCACCUUUGCCACGCUGCCUCUCGGGGAGUCUGUGGUGUUCCAGCUCAGUAUUCCCUGUCUGCUGUAUGUUUGUCUUUUCUACCUGUUCUUCAGCAUGGCCAGAAAGCGCGGCUUCCGAGGGACGUACUGCAUCCUGGUGCCCUACUUGGUGUGCUUCAUGUGGUGUGAGUUCUCCAUGGUGCUUCUCCAAAAUUCCACCGCUGUCGGUAUAAUCCGCACCUGCGUCGCCUACUUCCUCUUCCUGUUUGCGCUGCCCGUCCUGGCGUUGGGCCUCGCCGUCAUGCUCCUCAUCCAGCUCUUCAAGUGGUUUUUGGAGCUGGAGCUCACCAAGAUGAUCGUAACCUUGGUCGUAUGCGCCAUACCCGUCAUCCUGCGGCUGUGGACGCGUUUCAGCACGUCUAUUCUGGAUGUUUUCCGCUCACUGACCCACCGGGGCCCUGUCAAACUCAUCCUACUUUGCAUCUCUAUGGUCAUCCUCCUCUUCUCCAUCUACGUGUAUCACGCAGAAGGUCAAAAAGUCUACAACUCCACCCUGACUUGGAACCAGUACAGCCAAGCCUGUGGACCGCCCGCCUGGCAGUCCAAAGGUAUGGCCAAGACACAGAUCUUCUGUAGCCACCUGCAGGGCCACAGGGUCACCUGGACCGGACGUUUUAAGCACGUCAGCGUUGCUGAGACUGAGAACGGGGCGCAAUCCUUCAUCAACAUGUUGCCGGUCUUUCUUGGGGACUGGCUGCGAUGCCUCUACGGCGAGACGUACCCUUUGUGCGAGCCGAAGAAUGUGACGGUCGCGAACCUCACAGCUUCCGGCGCCACAGUCUCGCUGCUACAGAUGCAAGAAGAGGAGGAGUUAUGUCAGAUCAAAGCCUUGGCCAAACACACCUGCCACGUCAAGCGUUUUGACAGCUACCGAUUCCAAGUCACCGUAGGGAUGACCAGGGAUGAAAGCGUGGAGGCGGACGACCCGGGUAGGGACAUCGUGCUCAUGGCCAGCAAUGAGUUCCGACAGGUUCUCUUCAACCUGGAACCUGGUAACAUGGUGGAGUUCUGUACCAAGCUGGAGGGCCGAUUAGGAGCGAGGGCCCCGGCCUUCGAGUUGAAGGCGGUCAACUGCCUGGACUGUGUUUCCCCGAUGUUGACUGGGGGAAGGCAGGUGAAGAUCGAGAGAGACUGGAGACGUACCACCAUGCGAGCCCUGAAGUUUGCGUUCGACUUUUUUUUCUCUCCCUUUUUGUCUGCAAAGAUCACGGGCUGAGAACACACACCCAGCAGCUCAGACUGAGGCAGAACUGCUCGGUCGUUAAGUUAUGUUUACUUUUUGGAUUGUUGCUCUUCUUCAUGCAGGAGUUGACACAACAGUUUUUGUUUACAUACGUCUUAAGUGGAGGACACCCGCUAUGGUGCCAUACUGCUGGGCCAUGGUGGGCUCACAGGUCAACUGGAACCUAUGCCAGUGGAUUCUGGGCCAGAGGUGGACAGUUCCCAUGCCAGUUACGUAAAAUCUGCUCGAUAUCGUACUAGUCACUGUAGUACAAAACACAUCCUGCAUGGCAGCGUUGUGUCAUUAGAGUCAACAUUGAAACAAUUUCUAAGGUUCUUAGGCACCGAUGUCCUAAACAUUUCAGUACACACUACAAGGGGCACCGCAGUUCUUUCUCCAUGCCAAGAAUCUUAUUGAUUUCAGAGAACACUUGACCCCAACUGGCUGGGGAACAUCCUCUCAAAGGUCUAAUCCCUAGUUUUUAUUUUUAGGAAUCAUUGACUUUGAUUGAUUGAUUGAUACUUUUAUUAGUAGAUUGCACAGUACAGUACAUAUUCCGUACAAUUGACCACUAAAUGGUAACACCCGAAUAAGUUUUUCAACUUGUUUAAGUCGGGGUCCACGUUAAUCAAUUCAUGGUACAAAUAUAUACUAUCAACAUAAUACAGUCAUCACACAAGUUAAUCAUCAUAGUAUGUACAUUGAAUUAUUUACAUUAUUUACAAUCCGGGGGGUGGGAUGAGGAGCUUUGGUUGAUAUCAGAACUUCGGUCAUCAACAAUUGCAUCGACAGAGAAAUGUGGACAUUGAAACAGUGUAGGUCUUACAGUAGGAUAUGUACAGCCAGCAGAGAACAUAGUGAGUUCAGAUAGCAUAAGAACAAGUAUAUACAUUAGAAGUACAUUUGAGUUGUUUUAUAAUCCGGGGAGAUGGGAUGUGAAUGGAGGAGGGUAUUAGUAAAGGGUUGAAGUUGCCUGGAGGUGUUGUUUUAGAGCGGUUUUGAAGGAAUAUAGAGAUGCACUUACUUUUAUACCUGUUGGGAGUGCAUUCCACAUUGAUGUGGCAUAGAAAGAGAAUGAGUUAAGACCUUUGUUAGAUCGAAAUCUGGGUUUAACGUGGUUUGUGGAGCUCCCCCUGGUGUUGUGGUUAUGGCGGUCAUUUACGUUAAGGAAGUAGUUUGACAUGUAGGUGUAGCGGAUUUUAUAGACUAGGCUCAGUGCAAGUUGUUUUACUCUGUCCUCCACCCUGAGCCAGCCCACUUUGGAGAAGUGGGUUGGAUUGAGGUGUGAUCUGGGGUGGAGGUCUAAAAGUAACCGGAUUAGCUUAUUCUGGAAUGUUUGGAGUCUAGAUUUGAGGGUUUUGGAGGUGCUGGGGUACCAGGAGGUGCAAGCGUAAUCGAAGAAGGGUUGAAUGAGAGUUCCCGCUAGAAUCCUCAAGGUGUUUUUGUUGACCAGAGAGGAGAUUCUGACAAUCAUCAUUGUUCAUGUUUGGUAAGUCCAUAGUAGACUUUCAUGCAGUGUUUGUCGGUCACUCUACGGGAGAUUAAUGUUUUGAAGGAGCACUUUUAAUGAAUCGUACCUUGUCAUAUGUGGACACAUUUUCAGUAUUUAUUUAUCUUAUCUUUGAAUUUGAUUUUUUAUUUUUUUUGCUGUGUGAUGCUAAUCAUUUCUGGUUACCGACCGUUUAAGUUAUUAAUGGUAUGCCUUAUGAAAACAACUAGAGCCUACUAUUUGUCAAUUGAAUGUAUGUCACAAAAACGGUUAAGAUAUUUUGUCGCUCUAGAGCAGUGGUCACCUACCUUUUCGAGCCCAACAAACCAGCAACAAACCAAAGCAAGAUCCAUCCCUCCUAUAUAUGUAUAUUAAUAUUUGAAGGACGCAGGUCUUGAUAGGCAUCGAAAGCUCUGUGUCACAAAGGAUAGGCUUCAUUUCCUUGAAGACCUCCUCGGCUAAGCAGAUCCUUCUAUGUAUCCAUCGUCAGAAGUAACUAUAGAACCAGGAUAGUUGAAUGUGUUGACUUGUUCAACCGUGGUGUCUCCUAACUUCAGAGUGCAGGUCGAAGGUGUUCCAGGUAUCAAGAUGACCUAGUACUUUGUCGUCUUGCAGUUGUUAAUGAGGCCUUUUGGUUCGCCUCUGUUAAUUUGUUCUGGAAGUUGCUGGAGGCCUUCUGUUAUUACUUUGAGAACAUUGUCGUCUGUUUGUCUUAUAUUGUCGACCAAGACAACAUUUACGGUGACUCCUACCGGGACUUUGUCAAGUGGUCGCAAGAUUGACUCCCUGUACAAGUUGAACUAGUCUGGGGACGCAAUACAUCCUUGAUGGACUCCUUGUUUGCCUUUGCCAAGAGCCUCUUCUGGCUUUCUUCCCGUUGAGGCAGAGAUCUAUAUGUUGGAGAAGCUGUCUCUCUUUCUGGACUCUGUUUAGGACCUCGUCAUUGAUAACUCUUUCGACCCAAGAUAUCCCGCACAUAUGUCUAUGGAACCACAUUUCUGCGGAUGUUUCUGCAGGUUACAACUUUUAGAGUGCAUGUUUCCGAGCAGUAAAGAAGUACUGGCCAGGCGAAGGUUAGAAGGACGCAGGUCUUGAUAGGCAUUGAAAGCUCUGUGUGACAAUUGAUAGGCUUUAUUUCCUUGAAGAUUUCCUUGGCUAAGCAGAUCCGUCUACGUAUUCAUCGUCAGAAGUAACUGGUUUAAUGUGUUGACUUGUUCAACCGUGGUGUCUCCUAACUUCAGAGUGCAGGUCGGAGGUGUUCCAGAUUUCAACAUGACCAAGUACUUCGUCUUCUUGCAGUGGACUCUGAGACCUUUUUAUUCGCCUUAGUUUGGUCCAGAAGUUGCUGGAGGCCUUCUUCCGUUGUUUUUAUGAGAACAGUGUCAUCUGCGUAUCUGAUAUUGUCGAACAUGACAAAAUUUAUGGAGAAUCCAACGGGGACUUUUUCAAGUGGUCGCUAGAUUUACUCCCUGUACAAGUUGAACUAGUCUGGAGACGCAAAACAUCCUUGACGGACUCUUCGUUCCCCUUUGCCAAGAGCCUCUUCCGGCUUCCUUCCCCUUGAGGCAGAGAUCUAUAUGAUGAGGAAGCUUACUCUCUUCCUGGACUCGGUUUAGGACUUUGUCAUUGGUAACUCUUUCGCCCCAAGAGAUCCCGAACAUGUAGUUUGUUAGUCCCCAUGGAGUAUGCACGUGUGAUAAUAGAAAUAACACAGUGAAUUUGUCAGAUUGAAGCAUUUUAAUUAAUAUACAUUCCUUCAUUUUUUUGCUAGAUAUUAUAGAUAUACACUUGAAUAGCAUCGUUUGGUGGCAACAUGCUGUUGCUACACUCGCAGAACGCAAACUCUCUCUUAGUUUCUACGUGGUGAUGUGAUGACAACUGAAGUCCUGAAACUUACAUAACCUUUUCCCCGGUUGUAAACAAGUCACUCAGGGGGGGUUCUGUCAUAGCGGAUUUGACUUUGUCAAACCAAUUAGUCCGAGGUGUGCAUCCAAGAACCCGGGCAAAGGCAGGUGAAUGUUUGUGAAGGCUGAGGAAAGUGUGGCUUGACCCGUUCUUGUUUGCCUAAAGUUGGGUCUGGAAUUUGGCCUGUGGUGACUUUUCCUUUGGCCCGCCAAAGGGUGGCUUGCAGUUGUAACACAUAUUCACACUGAUCUCUUUCACAAUCAUUGGCCGCAUGUCUACAAGACUACACUGUAAAAAAUAAAAAAUAAAGUAAGAUUUUAUUCUAAAAACCUGGCAGCUCAGUCGCCAGAAGCUUACCCUAAAAUACUCAGUGAUGCACGGUCAAAACGGGGGAACGUAGAUUUUACGGUCAAAAAAAAAAAAAAAGUAUCAGCUCCGUCACUGGGAUUUAGGGUUAGAAAAAUUUGCGGUAAAAAUAACAGUUCAAAUUUUUGGUAAUGCACUGUAAAAAACUGUCACCAGAAUUUUUAUGUAAAUAUUGUGGUACAGUUUUUCAAUUUGCAGUAAUUUGGUCUAAAAUUCACUGUAAAUUCUGGUG